CAACGUUAAAGUAAACCGCUUUUUGCUUUACAACAUGCUAUCAUUUGAUGCUAUUGUCGUUGGGGCCGGGUUUGCUGGCAUCAACCAACUUUACCAACUCCGCCAACUUGGGCUCUCGGUGAAACUUUUUGAAAAGGCCCCUGACGUUGGUGGUGUUUGGUAUUGGAACCAAUGGCCAAAUGCCACCAGUGACACUCCUAGCGAAGUCUAUAGAUACAGUUGGGACAAAGAAGACUUGCUAACUUAUCCCUGGCCAACUCAUGUUCUGCCUCAGAAAGAGACCCGGGCUUACAUGAAUCACGUCGUGGAGCGCCAUAACUUGAGGCAGCAUAUGCAAUUCUCCUCUGAACUGAAGUCUGCCACCUUUGAUAAGUCGGAUUCCACAUGGACUGUUCUGCUAUCUACUGGAGAAACCUUCAAGGCUACCUACUUGAUCCUUGCUACUGGACGCUUUAAUAAAACCGUUUGGCCUUCUAUUCCUGGACAAGAAAAGUUUGCCGGGAAGCAAUAUCACACUGGAAUUUGGCCUGAGAAUCGUGACCUUAAAGGCAAGCGAGUUGGAAUCGUCGGCACUGGCUCUUCUGGUGCUGCAAUUCUAGUCGGCUUGGCAAAAGAGGCGAAGCAGUUGGUAUCUUUCCAACGCUCGGCGCAAUACGUGAUUCCGAACAAUAAAGAUCUUGUCUCAGCUGAAUACAGAGACAAGGUUAACAAAAACUAUGAGGAUGUCUUCAGAAAGGUUCGGAGAUGCGGGAUCGGAUCCGGCUUCGACCCGGUCUCUGCUGAUUAUACAACUUUCAGCGUCAGCGCAGAGGAGCGAGAGAAAGUCUUUGAGGCAGCUUGGAAUUCUGUGUGGGGCUUGGCUUUUACUUUCUACACAUUUUCGGACAUCAUGACAAACGAAGCGGCAAAUAGGGAGCUUUGUCAGUUUUUACGGAAAAAAAUAGCCCAGAUUGUUCAAGAUCCCGAGAAGCGUGAGAAACUCAUGCCACCAGCAGAAGCCUUGUAUGACAAGAGACCUGUCUGCAGUUCUGGCUAUUAUGAAGCCUUCAAUCAAGAGAACGUGGAUGUUGUCAACUUCAAAAAGACUCCUUUGGUUGAAAUUACCGAAAAGGGUAUCCAAACCACGGAGAAUCUGUACGAGCUGGAUGUGAUCAUUUAUGCAACUGGCUAUGAGUCUGACGGUACCUGGGCUGAUAUAAACAUUACUGGACCUCAAGGGACGACAUUAGGCGAGCAUUGGGCCGAGGGGUCGACUUCAUACCUCGGAAUCCUCAAAGCUGGUUUCCCUAACCUCUUCUUCGUCAUUGGACCCCAAUCAUCACUUGCCAACAUACCAUCACAUUCCGAAUUCCACGCAGAAAUGAUCGGAAAGCUAAUCUCAAAAGCCGAAACAAUGAAGAAGGAGAAAUCAUCAGCAAGCGGCAACAAGACAGUUCUUCCUAAGAGUGGGAGGCAUGCGCUCUGGUUCAUGGGGGGCUAUGACAAGUACAUAGACAAGGUGCAGGAGGCGGUUGACACGUAUCGUGGAUUUGUAUUUGCUUACUAG